UUGUACUCUGGCCAGCCACGGCUUGGCCGAGGUGUGAGUAACCAUAAGUUGUUUGUGAUCAGAUAGUAGAAAUUAUUUAAAUUUCAGAAUAGCCGAUCCUCGUCUUUGAGCCGGAAAGAAAAUGACAAGCCAUUAUGGAACAAGAGAAACUCAUCGGAUUCAAGAUCUUCAUCAUCGUCAUCUUCGAAAUCCUCCAAAUCUUCAAGAAAUCGCUCGAAAUCUCCCAGAAAACGUUCUCCAAUUCGAGCUCCAAGUCCUGAAAAUCGACGAUCAAAUAGAUCACCAAGAAGAAGAAGGAAAAGAUCGUCUACAAGAAGUUCAUCUUCUAAACGUUCAAGAAGUAGAUCAAUUCAUCGAAGAAGAUCACCAGCUUAUAGUAGAUCUCCUGUAAGAAGACGAAGAACGCCAAUUCGAAAUAGAUUAUCACGACCAAAUCAAAGUAGAUCACCAGUGAGAAGAAGAAAAAGUAGAACACCUCCACGAAGAAGUCGAUCGCCACCAAGAAGAAAUAGAUCACCACCAUCACAACGUCGAAGCAGAUCUCCACCACCAAAAAAUAAUUAUCGUCGGCGUAGAUCAGAAACUCCAGAUGAAAAGCAAAAAGAAGAAACCAUGUGGAAAAAGUUGGUUCAAAAAACUUAUACCUUAUAAAAAUUAGUUUCAACACACACCUCGGCCAAUCAGUUUUGGGCCAGAGUACAAUUUUGAAAAAAAUCUAAAUUUCGUUUUUCAGAGGUUAAAAAUCACGAGUUUGGCCGAGGUGUGUUUCAACAAUUCUUUUUUCAGAAGAAGAGAACGUCGAACAAAUAUUCAAUUGAGUGGACAAUUAGAAGUUUGGGCUAAAUCUCCAUCACAACGGGAAAUCGAGGAAACUUAUCGAAUGUGAGUUUUCUUUUUUUAAUUGACAAAAACUGUUUUUUUUUAGAAAAGAAGAAGAUGAGGAGAUUCAAGCAGAUCAUGUGAAAAAAGGAGAAAAAUUGAAAGCUGAUAGAGCAAAGGCAAAAAAGAAAGAAGAAAGAAAACGGAAUAAAUUAUCAGAAGAUGAAGAUGAAAGUAGUAGUGAUAGUGAAGUUGAAAAAACAAAAAAGAAGAAAAAGAAAGAGAAAAAACAUAAGAAGGAAAAGAAGAGUAAAAAAUCGAAAAAGGAGAAAAAAGUGAAAAAAGAGAAGAAAAUUGCACCGAAAAAUGAAGAAUCAUCGGAUGAAUGGGAAGAAAGACCAAAUGAAACAAAUGGUGUUGAACCAAUGGAAGAAGAUGGAAGUUAUUCACCAGGUCCUGCAAUUCCAGAACAUAUUAAGAAUAGAGAUGAUAUAAGGGAUAGAUUAAAUACUACUGUAACUUCAUAUGGUAAAGAUUUAUUGAAAGGAGAAGGCGCUGGAAUGGCUGCAUAUGUUGCAAGAGGUGAAAGAAUUCCAAGAAGAGGAGAAAUUGGUUUAUCUUCGGGUGAAAUUGAACAAUAUGAGAAAUGGGGAUAUGUUAUGUCAGGUUCGAGACACAAAGCAAUGGAAGCAACGCGGUUGAGAAAAGAAAAUCAAGUAAGUAUAGGGUAUUAUGAUACUGAUCUAUGUCCGAAAUAUUCUGACUUUUCAAAAAAUUCUCAAUCUUUAAAAUACUCAAAUUUUUGAAACGUUUUUUUUAAAUCAGAAUUUAGGAAAACAAACACCUGAUUUCUUUCUGAAUUGUGUGAAUUGCCGAAGAGAAAACAUAGCAUUUUCACUGACAAAAAUUACCUUGAUCAACAAAAUUUACCAACUCAAGUAAGAAAAACUGUCCAAAUACACCACGCGGAUACACUUUCAUUCCAAUACAUCACUUUUUGUCUUUUAAUAAGUAUGUUCGGUAGAACUAUUUCCAGUCCUAGUACACACAUUAUCUUUAAAAAAUCCUAAUCAUGAAUUUUCAGAUCCUGACUGCUGAAGAGAAACGAUUAUUAUCGGGUGUUUCAAUGGAUGCGAAAAAGAAGAAAGAAGAAGCUGUUAUGGAUCAAUUCCGAAGUCUUAUCGAAAAUAAAAAUAAACGUGCAUAG